AUGUACAGACAGUGGGAAGUGGUGAAUAUUUUCAUAAUGUCUUACCUGCAGCUGGUGCAGGGCUCCAGUUAUGAACGUGGACCGGUUAAGCGGGCAUCACGGUCCAUGUUAGAACGAUCUGAGCAGCAGAUUAGGGCUGCCUCUAGUUUGGAGGAGCUGCUGCGAAUCACACACUCAGAGGACUGGAAGCUGUGGAGAUGCCGACGCAAGCUCAAAGGCUUCACCAGCACAGACUCUCGCUCAGCGUCUCAUCGGUCUACCAGGUUUGCGGCAACUUUCUAUGACAUUGAAACACUGAAAGUUAUAGACGAGGAGUGGCAAAGAACCCAGUGCAUCCCUAGAGAGACGUGCGUGGAGGUGGCCCGAGAGCUGGGACAGACCACCGACACGUUCUUCAAGCCUCCCUGCGUGAACGUGUUCCGGUGUGGCGGCUGCUGCAACGAAGAGAGCCUGGUCUGUGUCAACACCAGUACCUCGUACAUUUCCAAGCAGCUCUUCGAGAUAUCAGUACCUUUGACAUCAGUACCUGAAUUAGUGCCCGUCAAAGUGGCCAACCACACAGGCUGUAAGUGCUUGUCAACGGCUCCCCGCCAUCCGUAUUCAAUUAUCAGAAGGUCCAUCCAGCUCUCUGAAGAAGAUCGAUGUCCCCAUUCCAAGAAAUUCUGUCCUAUCGACAUGCUGUGGGAUAGCAACAAAUGUAAAUGUGUUUUACGGGAGGAGAGUCCCCUCGGAGGAAUGGAAGACCACUCUCACCUCCGGGAGCUGGCACUCUGUGGGCCACACAUGAAGUUUGAUGAAGACCGUUGCGAGUGUGUCUGUAAAGCGCCGUGUCCCCGAGAUCUCAUCCAGCAUCCAGAAAACUGCAGCUGCUUUGAGUGCCGAGAAAGCCUGGAGAGCUGCUGCCAGAAGCAGAAGAUAUUUCACCCGGACACCUGUAGAGGGAUGGACAAAUGUCCCUUUCAUGCCAGAACAUGUGCAAAUGGAAAACCAGUGUGUGCAAAGCACUGCUCUCCAAAGGAGAAAACAGCUGCCAUGGGCUCCGAAGCUGCGAACAGCCUUGAUUCAGCUUUUGCUCUCUAG